AUGAGUGUAGACGAAGCGACAGAAAAGUAUAUCAGUUCUGAUGAGGGCCAUCCAGCAGCUCAGAUUUCGAGUCUUUGUCGAUUAUUUUAUGAGUUUGACUGGGUUCCAGGCACAGGCGGUGGUAUGAGCAUUCGUCAGGGUGACUUGGUUUACCUGGCUCCAUCUGGUGUUGAGAAAGAAGUAUGUUUUUUCAAAUUCAACAAUUGA